AUGCAGGGAUUGGGUGGCCAAGUCAGUGUGGCCUAUAAGGAUUUGUGUCUGUUCCCGGAUGUUCAGUUACCAGCAGGGUUCAAAAUGCCUAAGUUCGAUCUGUAUGACGGUCAUGGUGACCCGGUAGACCACCUGAGGGGAUUCUGCAGUAAAAUGAGAGGGGCAGGUGGAAAGGAUGAGUUACUGAUGGCGUACUUCAGCCAGCGUCUGAGUGGGUCUGCUUUGGAGUGGUAUACACGACAGGACCAUGGUAGGUGGUAUACCUGGGAUGACUUGGCACAAGCGUUCGCCUGCCAUUUUCAGUACAAUCUAGAAAUUGUUCCAGAUCGCCUGUCACUGAUAAAACUCGAGAAGAAGCCCGGGGAGAGCUUCAGAGAGUAUGGGUUCCGCUGGAGAGAACAGGCCGCGAGGGUCGACCCUCCUAUGAAAGAAAGCGAGAUGGUCGAUUACUUUUUGCAGGCUUUGGAGCCGACUUAUUUUGGUCACUUGGUAAACGCAAUUGGCAAAUCUUUUAAUGAAGUUGUGAAGAUGGGAGGAAUGGUUGAGGAAGGACUGAAAUCCAAUAAAAUCAUGAGCUAUUCAGCGAUUAAAGCAACCACACAGGCCAUCCAAAGCGGCACUGGGGGCGUGCUCGGGAAAAAUAAGAAGGAAGAGGUUGCAACCGUUGAGUCCGGAGCUUGGUCCAGAUCUAGAGGCCCUUCACCCUACUACAAUCAACCCCGACCCCACCACCAAAAUUACCCAUACACUCCAUAUAUCCCUCCACAACACUAUUACCCACCGCCAGAUCCACAUUUUUCCGUCCACCAUGCUCAAACUUAUACCCAGCCUCCGGCUCACGCGCAAUGGCGUGCGCCGGCUCUCCAAAACUCAUACCCAGCUCCAAAAAACACCUAUCCACCCCCAAGAGCCUACAGAAACCCCCCGGAGCAGAAAUUUGGACCACUCAGUAAGUACUGUUCGGGAGCCCUCGGACAUGAUACAGAGAAGUGUUGGAAACUAAAAACAGCUGUGCAGGAGCUCAUUGACACUCACCGGAUCGAGGUUCAGGCCCCAGAUGCACCAAAUAUUAACCAGAAUCCGUCGCCGGCUCACCACGAGGCCCACAUGAUUGAAUUGAUACACAAGGGAGGGGAGCCCAAGAAACCCUCGCAAAUGGUAAUGAUGAUCCGUGCUAGCGAAACCAGUUCAAAGGAAAAGUUAACCAGUGGGAAAGCGGUAGUCCAGUUGAAAGGGGUGGACAGUAAGCCAACUGUGGUAGCCGAAAAAGGGUCAUCAAGCAUUGUUGCAGUAAAACCAGAACAAGCAAAAGUGGUGAUACAAGGGGUUGCAAACAAACCCGUGGUGGUCAUGAAGGGUACUCGGAUAGAGCUAGUUAUCAUAAAGCCAGUAACUCAGUUGCCAGUGACCAACAGCAAAGCCAUUCCUUGGAGUUAUGAACAGGUGGUGGUGACAUAUAAGGGGAAGGAAAUCAAAGAAGAAGUUUGUGAGGCGCAGGGUCUGACUCGUUCGGGAAGGUGCUUUGCCCUCGAAGAGUUAAGAAAAGCCAGGGUCCCCAAAGACAACCCGGUAUUGGUUAAGAAGGCCGUGACAGAAGAGGAAGCAGAAAAAUUCUUGAAAAAGAUGAAAGUGCAGGAUUACUGUAUUGUUGAACAGUUAAGGAAGACACCAGCCCAGAUUUCAUUGCUUUCAUUGCUUAUCCACUCAGACGAGCAUCGCAGGGCGCUAAUGAAAAUACUAAAUGAGGCCCAUGUCCCUGAUAAGAUCUCGGUGAAUCAUUUAGAGAAGAUAGCAAAUAAAAUCUUUGAGGUGAAUAGAGUGACCUUCUCCGAUGAUGAGUUGCCCGUAGAGGGCACGAAACAUAACAUGGCUCUUUAUCUGACAGUGAAGUGUGAGGAUUCUGUAGUCACCCGAGUGCUGGUUGACAAUGGGUCUAGUGCAAACAUCUGUCCUUCGUCCACGUUGAACAAGCUGAAGGUCGACGAUGAAAGAAUUCAUAAGAACAAUAUUUGUGUUCGAGGGUUCGAUGAUGGGGGUAAAGACUCAGUGGGCGACAUAAUACUAGAGUUGACAAUCGGGCCAGUGGAGUUCACUAUGGAAUUCCAGGUACUAGAUGAGGCGGUCUCUUAUAACCUCUUGUUGGGGCGACCAUGGAUCCACGCCGCCAAGGCGGUACCUUCUACAUUGCAUCAAAUGGUCAAGUUCGAGUGGGACAGACAGGAAAUUGUAGUGCACGGUGAAGACAAUAUGUGCGCUUUAAGUGAUGCCAUUGUGCCCUUCAUAGAAGUUGACGAUGAUAAGGGGCCAUGGGUCUACGAAGUCUUUGACACAGUCUCAGUGGAAAAGGUCCUAGAGGGGAAAAGCAUCCCAGUUCCUAGAAUAACAGCCGCAACUGUCAUGGUGGCCUCGGAAAUGUUAAAGAAUGGUUUCAUACCGGGUAAAGGUUUGGGUGCUGAUCUUCAAGGCAUUGUGCAUCCAGUUUCUCUUCCCAAGAAUCUGGAUACUUUUGGAUUGGGGUUCAAGCCCACAGCUGCGGAUGUAAGGCGGGCCCGCAAAAUGAAGAAGAGGGCAUGGGUCCUUCCCAAGCCAAUCCCACGCCUGUCCAGAUCAUUCAUCAGGCCAGGUAUCAGAAAGCAACUGUUGUCAAAAGUUUCUGGGUCAUUGAUUGGUGCUGACGGAGACUUGGAUAAAGGGUUUGAAAGGUUGUUCGCUGAGGUUAACAUGGUUGAGGCCGGGGAAGGGUCAAGCAAGGCAAAUGUGCAGGUUUGUAAUUCAGAUAUUAUGUUCUGUCCAAUUGGAUGUGUUAAAGCCCUAGUGCCGUCUGGAAAGUUGUUGGGAUUUAUAGUCAGCCGCUGGGGUAUUGAACUAGACCCGUCAAAGAUCAAGGCUAUUCGGGAAUUGCCACCUCCGAGGAAUAAGACCGAGAAAGAUGCUGCAGUCAAGUGGACAGAUGAAUGUCAGGAGGCUUUUGAUAAGAUAAAAGGGUAUUUGUCGAACCCACCCGUGUUGGUCCCGCCAGAACCAGGGAGGCCUUUGAUUCUAUAUUUGACGGUUUUGGAUAAUUCAUUUGGCUGU